AUGUCCGACAGAAAAAAGCGCAAAUACAAUGAUGAUUACCGAAUUUUUAACGAAAAAUGGUCAAUAAGUUACUUAAAAGAAAUUGAAAUGUUCAUGAUCGACAAGGGAAAACAAAUUUUAGAACUUAAAGAUGAUAAUUGGUUGUGGGAUUUAGCUUUUCUUACAGACGUAACAACACAUUUAAAUAUUUUAAAUCUUAAAUUACAAGGACCUGGAAAAUUCAUAUUUGACAUGUAUAAUUCUAUUAAAGCAUUUGAUGCAAAAUUAAAAUUAUUUAUUAAUCAAAUUGAGCGCAGUGAUUUCAGUCAUUUUGAGAACUGCCAAAUAUUUAAGAAUAACACAAAAUCAUUAUGUUCAACAAAUCGAUUUGUAUGUAUGUUAAACAAAUUGCAAACCGAUAUUUCAUCUCGAUUUUCAGAUGUUAAAUUACACGAAAAAUCGUUGCGUUUAUUUGAAAAUCCAUUCAAUAUUGAUGAAAUUGAUGUCGAUACUUCUUUUCAACUUGAACUUAUCGAGUUAAAAACAAAUUCAUUUUACUAUGAUGAAUUUCAAACAAUGAAAAAAAAUGAUAUUUUAAAAUUUUAUUCAACUCUUUCACACGAAGAUUUCCCUGCUUUGAGAGACAUUAUGAUGAAAAUGGCAACUGUAUUUGGCUCGACGUAUAUAUGUGAACAAAUAUUUUCACGGACGAAACAAACAAAAUCAGUUCAUAGAUCGCGACUUACGGAUGAACACCUUCAUUCAAUUUUGAGGAUUGGAACAACUAAAUUCCAACCAGAUUUUUCAUUAUUAGUCAAAGAAACACAAGUUCAAAUUUCACAUUAA